AUGAACAGACUACUGACGCUUCACAAAGAUAUCCUCGAACGCUGGAGAAGACACUUUGCAAAAAUUGCCAACGAGGAGUUUGCGCACCCAGACAUACCUUGGAACGCCCCAGUACUAGGCCCCACGCCAAAGAUUGAAGACCAAGAGGUAGUCUCCGCAAUCAAGUCCAUGAAGCCAAGCAAAGCUACGGGACCGGACGACAUGGCAGCAGAAAUCUGGAAGAAGGAUGACAGCGUUACCUCAAAAUGGCUGGCUGACCUAUUUAACCAAGUCAUAAAAGAGAACAAAAUGCCACAAGACUGGAAUCAUAGCACAACCGUGCCGAUAUGGAAGAAGAAAGGCUCUCCAGCUGACUGUUCAUGUGUUUGCAUAUAUGUAUGUUCUUUCUGA